UAUCAUAGUUGAGCCACUAUAAAUAGAGGAAAGGCUGAUGAACAAAAAGCAGUUCAAACAAACUUAAAAAAAGAAAAAAAUCUGAAAGCAAUUAUAUAGAGAGAGAUGGAAGUAGUGCAAGUGCUUCACAUGAAUGGUGGAAAUGGAAAAACUAGUUAUGCUCAAAACUCAUUGCUUCAGCAAAAGGUGAUAUCAAAAUCAAAGAGAGUAAUAAAGGAAGCCGUGGCCAAUCUGUAUAACAACAACUCACCAAAAACUGUAGCUAUUGUAGAUUUCGGGUGCUCUUCAGGGCCGAACACUCUAUUUGCUGUAUCUGAAAUAAUCGAAGCAAUAGAGAAGAUUUGUGGAGAAUCUCCAGAAUAUAAUGUGUUUUUAGUUGAUCUGCCAAGCAAUGACUUUAAUAGUGUUUUUAAGUCGUUGUUGCCAGAUUUCCAAAGAAAAAUGAAAGAAUAUACUAAAGGGCAAUGUUUCGUUUCUGGAACCCCUGGUUCUUUCCAUGGUAGGCUUUUUCCUACCAACACUCUUCACUUUGCUUAUUCAUCUAGUAGCCUCCACUGGUUAUCGCAGGUUCCAAGAGGACUGGAGAGUAAUAAAGGAAACAUAUACAUUAAUAGCACAAGUCCUUCAAACAUUGUGAAGGAAUAUUGCUCCCAAUUUCAAAAGGAUUUCUUAAUGUUUUUGGAGUGUCGCUCUAAAGAAAUGAGGAUAGGAGGGUACAUGGUAUUAACUUUCCUUGGAAGGAGAAAUAAUGAUCCUUCUGCAAAGGAGUGUUGUUAUCUUUGGGAGCUUUUGGCCAUGGCUCUCAAUCAAUUAGUCCUUGAGGGAAUGAUAGACGAAGAAAAAUUCAAUUCGUUCAACAUUCCUUUCUACGCACCAUCUCCGCUUGAAGUGAAAUGUCAAGUUGAUAAGCAAGGAUCUUUUUGCACUGAUAAAUUGGAGAUUUAUGAACAUGAUUGGAAUGAAUGUCGCAAUGAAUUUGAUCCCUCGGAAGCUACCAAGGAUGUGGGAAUUAUUUUUGCAAACUUCAUAAAAUCUGGAAUGGAGCCUCUUAUUAUCAACCACUUCGGUUUCCAGGAAGCCGUCAUAGAUGAGGUUUUUAAUCGAUACUCAUCGAUCGUCAAUGAUUGCAUGGCAAAGGAGAAGAAUGAGUUUGUCUAUUUUAUAUUGUCCAUCACUAAGAAAGAUGACUAAGUCCAAUUCUAUUUCUGUCUAAUAAUAAGACAAAUAAUAUGAAAUAUAUGUGCUUUUUAUGAAUAAAUAAGAAUUUGUGUGUAAUUGGUAAAAAAA